AUGGCCGCAACAAUUUCAAGGCGUCAAUGCCUCAAUGGCCAGGUCUGGCAAUCACCUUUCAGAAUCUUCCUCCCCUCAUACACUGCAUCCUCAACGGGCUCAAGGACAUUUGCCACCACAACCGACGAUUUGACUCCUACGAAACCUCGGAUUCGACCAACGGCCUUUGCCGACAAGCUCAAUACUGGUCCUUCAUUCUCAGACUUUGUUUCCGGUUUAGAUGCACCGUUGAAGCCCACUGAAGCUUAUGCACUGAAGACUGCUCUCGUGGGACCCAGAGGAAAACAGAAGGAGAUUACUCGUCUACCGUCUUGGCUCAAGACGCCGAUUCCAGAUGGUUCGUCCUACAAGAAGAUUAAAAAUGACCUGCGAGGCCUGAACCUGCACACUGUUUGCGAGGAAGCACGCUGCCCCAACAUCUCCGACUGUUGGGGCGGCAGUAGCAAGGCUGCAGCCACAGCAACUAUUAUGUUGAUGGGGGACACCUGUACCAGAGGUUGUCGAUUCUGCAGUGUCAAGACAUCCAAGGCGCCUCCUCCUCUAGAUCCACAUGAGCCAGAGCAUACAGCUGAAGCAUUGUCGCGUUGGGGUCUGGGCUAUGUUGUUCUCACCAGUGUGGACCGGGAUGAUCUUGCGGAUGGUGGUGCCCAUCACUUCGCCGAAACCGUUCGCAAGAUCAAGUCGAAGGCUCCUACAAUUCUGGUGGAAUGUCUGACCGGUGACUAUGCCGGAGACCUUGAAAUGGUCAAGCUAGUCGCAACCUCGGGCUUGGAUGUUUACGCCCAUAAUGUCGAAACUGUUGAGGCCUUGACGCCUCAAGUUCGCGAUCGUCGAGCUACGUUCCGACAAUCACUAUCGGUUCUCAAGGCAGCAAAGGAGGCGAAGCCGGGCUUGAUCACCAAAACAUCGAUCAUGCUAGGAUUGGGCGAAACUGAAGAGCAGCUGUGGCAUGCAUUGCGAGAACUUCGAAAAGUCAACGUCGAUGUGGUCACGUUUGGCCAAUAUAUGCGGCCCACCAAGCGACACAUGCCCGUGCAUGAGUAUGUAACACCUGAUGUGUUUGAAACUUGGAGGGUUCGUGCUUUGGAACUAGGAUUCUUGUACGUGGCCAGUGGACCACUCGUUCGCAGCAGUUACAAAGCGGGCGAGGCAUUCAUCGAAAAUGUACUCAAGAAGAGACAAGCUGGAAGAGCAGAGACAGCUACGGCAGAUCUCGCUGGCGAUAUUAAGGUCGAUGCAUCGACGAUAUAA